UUUGGGGCUUUUGGGGGCACAUAAAGAGCUAUGAAUUGUUUAAGAACAAUGUGUCACUUGCACUUGCACUUGCAUCACCGUCGUUGCUGCCAUUGACAAAGCAGAGAAUGGAUGCUCUGAGGGCUUCGUAUGGAGGAAGCUCGUCGGACGAAGAAGUGGAUACAGUGUCCCCUUCGUCAGCAUCCACAUCAACACCACAAUUCUUCGAUGAGACUGUGAGCUCUUUACCUCUGCCUCCACCGCCUCUCUCACUUCUCAAUUUUCCAAAUUCCACCUGUGUCUUGGAUGACUUGCCAAUCGAUCAGGCGACUAGGGUUCGAAGCUUUCCUCACGUUCAAGGAAACUAUGCCCUACACGUCUAUAUCCCAGUGUAUGUACCAACUAAUGCAAGGAAGGAGGUGGCCUUGUUUAUGAAGAAAAUUUCCUCACUUGUGCCUGCUCUCCAUCUGGUUGAUAUUGACAUUCCAUUGGACGUUUUAUGUAAAGAUGACCACAAACUUGAGCAAGCAUUGGCUAGAGAAUUUCACAUAAGUUUGUCAAGAACAGUGCCAAUCCGAGUGCACCAGAUUGACUCAAUAGUGACAAUGCUUCGCCAGAAGCUUCAGUCCCCAAGGCGAUAUUGGAUUGAUUUUAGUAAGUGGGAGACUUUUGUUAACGAUGAUCUUUCUCGAACCUUUUUGUCAAUGGAAAUUAUUACUGGAGGGCUAAUGGAGAUCAGAAAACAAAUCCAAGUUGUUAAUGAGGUUUAUAAGCUCCACAAUCUUCCUGAAUUUUACAAGGAAGCAAGACCGCAUAUAUCUCUUGCCUGGGCAUUAGGUGACGUUAGUCAAAUAUCGAGUCAAGCAGUUCAUAAUGAAUUAAAAAGGUCCGCAGUUAAGGAACCAUUUAAGAGAUGUAUUUUCACCACCAAAUUCAAUGGCAUCGAAUGUAAGAUUGGUAAAAAAAUGUAUAAAAUAUGUAAAUUUGCUGACGAAUGAAAAAAUGAUUGUGUGAGACAUGUUCUACAGUCUAUGCCCAUGAAAUUCUUUUUAUGUAUUUCAACUUUAGUAAUUAAAUAUCUUACUAUAGGAUAUUGCACUGUGUAUUGUCUUUGAUUUAA